AUGGCCACAGACUCCCCUCAUUCAGAGACCUUCAAGGAGAAGCUCCGGCAACUGCAGGACUAUUCUGCUUGUGAUGUGUCAGACGCUCUGCUGAAAUUGCAGAAGACGGAGCCAGGAGAGGUUCCUCGGGCUGGGUUCCUCGUAGAUAUCGGACCGGUCCCUCUACCACAGCAGCACGCGGAGACAGACCAUAAAAUCGUCGCUCCGGCCUGCACCUUGAAACUGGUGUCAAAAUAUUCUCGGGUCGAGGCAGCCCCAGCAGCCGAGAACACGGUGCCAAAGGGGAGUCACUGGGUUGAUCUGACUGAGCCUGACACUGUCGUGGUCAUCGACCAACCUGAAGCGCAGAAGUGUGCAGCGAUUGGAGGCAUCAUGGCCCAGAGAAUGAAGGUCCGGGGAGUCGCAGGCUGCGUCGUCGGAGGACGAGUAAGAGACAUGACUGAGCUCAGGAGCUCUGAACUGCCAAUAUUUGCUUUGGGCAAAUCCACUGUUGGAACGAAUGCAGAGUCGAUGGUGUAUGCUCGCAACGUGCCAGUAUCCAUUACUGGUGUGAGCGUAUCUCCAGGUGAUAUUGUGUUCUGCGAUCCUCUUGAAGGAGUGGUAGUCAUCCCACAAGACCUGCUUGACCAAACGCUGGCGUUGAUGCCAAAGCUUGUCUCAGCCGACGAAAAGGUCAAAGAAGCUGUGGCAAAAGGUGUGUCUGUGGCAGAGGCAUUCAAGACUUUCAGAGGUUGA